UGGCGCCGACCGCUACCUCGUCCAACGAUUUGCCGUCUUCGCCCACACACAACCGCACCAAGAGGACACCCACUUGUGCGUUCAGGCGGCCAUUUUUUGCGAACCAAAAAAAAAACCCCCAAAAAAAACCGAGAACCAUAAAAUAAAAGGGGCAGUUCAAUUCGAAUCCUUUGUUUUGGGUUAUUUUGCAUGUGGAAGACUGCAAGCGAGCGUCAUUUGGUUCCGCUCCUCGACGCUUUGCCGAUCUGCAGCAUCACGGCAGCACGCCAAACAACGUGGUCUUUGUCGUGGCCACCGGUUUUUCCAUCCAGAAUAGACUAGGUGCAUAUCUAGAUCGGAAACCUUACUAGGGCACCGGAUAACCAACGAACGGACCCUCCGAGGCCGAACUGCGGAAUUCAAUAUCUAUCAUCACGUCUCCCGAAAAAAAAGGAGAGGAUGCCCUCGUAGCAACUUGGCAAAGUCUCCGUCUUUUGCUCUUUUACGCCAGCUCUCCCUCAUCACCCCGCAACACUUGCGCGUCAUCUGCGCUUGGCACUCUGUGUGCCUUUUUUUUUUCCUCUCCCCAAAAUCGCAAUCAUGCCCACCGACAGUAAAACGGCCGCCGCCGAGUGCAUCUCGGACGACGCACUUAUUCAUCUCAAGUCGUACAAGUAUUCGAGCGUCGACAAGUCGCCCAUUUCCAAAUACAUCCUACAGCCCUACUGGAAUGCCGCAGUCAAGCUGCUGCCCAUGUGGCUCGCGCCCAACAUGGUGACCUUGAUUGGCUUCAUGUUCAUUCUCGGCAAUGUGGGCUUGCUACUCGUAUAUAUGCCAGAUCUCGAAGGACCAGGUCCAUCAUGGCUCUACUACAGUUUCGCCUUCGGUCUAUUUAUGUACCAGACGUUGGACAAUCUGGAUGGCAAGCAGGCUCGACGUACAGGAAUGUCUAGCGGACUCGGCGAGCUGUUCGACCACGGCAUAGACUCGCUCAAUUGCACCUUGGCCAGUCUGCUCGAGACGGCAGCCAUGGGUCUCGGUGUGUCCAAGUCCGGCGUCUUCACCGCUCUCUGUCCCUGCCUACCGAUGUUCUUCUCAACAUGGGAGACGUACCACUCGCACACGCUAUACCUGGGUCGCAUCAACGGGCCGACCGAAGGCAUCCUGAUAGCUUGCACCAUUAUGAUCCUGUCUGGUUACUACGGCCCGGGCAUCUGGACCGAACGUUUGGUCGAUCUUUUCGGGGAGAAGUACUUGAUGGGCUACGCCGAUAUUGUUGGCGACUACUCGAUUCGCGACGUCUGGAUUGGCAUCAUCGUCAGCUCGCUUGUCCUCACCCACAUUCCACCCUGCAUCUACCACGUUGCCAUGGCACGCCGCAGCAGGGGCCAGGCCAUUGCGCCCGUUUUCCUCGAGUGGACGCCUCUGCUCUUCUAUUCACUUUCCAUCGGAGCAUGGGUUUAUUCUCCCUUUUCGACUGUGCGCAGCCACAACCACAUCGUUUUGUUCUGUUGCACCAUGUCAUUUGUGUUUGGGCGCAUGACUACCAAGAUGAUCCUCGCGCAUCUGACCCGCCAGCCGUUUCCCUACUGGACCGUCAUGCUGUGGCCGCUUCUGGGUGGUGCUAUCCUCGUGAACCUGCCCAGGUUCGGCUUCCAGGCCGUCUCGCACGAGAUCGAGCUUGCAUACUUGUGGGGAUACUUUGUGUUCGCAGCGGCGGUCUACUCGCGCUGGGCAUACAUUGUCAUCACAAGCAUUUGUGAGUUCUUGGGCAUCAACGCACUGACGAUCCCGAAAGAGAAGCAGGCGGAGAACAAGCGCAAGAUGCAGAUGGAGCAGGCUAAGCCUCUGCUCAACGGCAACGGAGCAGCCAAUGGCUCUUUGAACGGCAAGAAGGUGCAAUGAUGCGUAGAUGUGGCGUCUACCAUUGGGUGAUGUUAUUCUCCCAUACUAAGUGCCUGUUUUAAUAUGGUCUGUCUGGGCGUUACUCAUUUUCUGUCUUUUGCGAAGAUUCAACUCUCGCCUGAUGCCCUUCCGAAGGAUCGGACGCGCUCUGACGGGUGGGCAUGGCAAACAAGUUCAUACGGAGUUUGACAUAAGUCCAUCUCCCUGGACAGUUUCACUCUAAAAUUUUGAGGGCUCGUGGCAGAUCAAUGGUUUUUUGCUCGCAAUGUUGGCAUGCACGGAUCGGCGUUUAAGGGGUGUUGGCUUGUUUAUCGUGCGUUGCAUUACUUUGCUUGGAAUUCCCAUCUUGCAUUCGCUUUGGGUUUUGUAUAUGAUGGCCGAGGGUAGUAGUAUUCUUAUUAAUAAUCAUUCAAAGCAUAGUCGGUGCGGUUGUUGUGUGAGAUGGUAUUGCCAAGAAUUGGUCUGUAAUUUUAUCAACUCCUGGUAUGAAAAAUCUGUCGGUAGUAGAAAGAAGAAGAAGGGAAAAAGCUCAUUGGUAACACACUCAAAUUUGAACAAACUUCAUGCAAGAUCACGUAAUAUCUGAUAGGAAAUAC